GCACGGUCACGUGGCUGCCGUCAAACACGGAGCGCCGUUAUCUGUGCCCUAACGGCGUUGGUCCCGCUUCUGAUUGGCUCAAACGGGCCGGAGGGAUUUGGCUGCCAUUGGCUGGCGGCCGGCGUGGGGUGGGGCCGGCAGCCAAUGCGGCGGUUGUGGGCGGGGCCUGCGGUGACGCUGUCGCUGGCGGCAGCCAAUCAGCGUGUCCGGGAGACAAGUUUGUAUCCGUGGAGCGAACGGUGGGAGCAGAGCGGAGCGGCAGCCAUGAGGAAGAGUGAGGUGGUGGCGGCCGAGGCCGUGUCGUACCUGAACAGAGCCAUAGCGGAGCUGCGGGACAUCUGGGAGGAGAUCGGCAUCUCGGAGGAGCAGCGCCUGGAGCGCGUCUGCACCGUUAACAUGCACAUCAAGCACCUGCUGGACAUGAUGGUGGCGGAGGAGGAGGGUCUGAAGGAGCGUCUCUUGAAGAGCAUCGCCCUCUGCCGGAGUGAGCUGGACACCCUCUGCAAGGAGCUGCAGCUGGACCCCGUUGAGGCAGAGGAGGAAAGUACCAUCCUGCAGAUGGAGAAGAACCUGCGUGCCCGUGUGGAAGUGUUGGUAAAGCAAAAAAGGGACAGGCAGCAGGAGCUCAAAACCCUGCAAGAACAGGAUAAGGAUCUCUGCAGCAUCCUCUGCACAGCCCCAUUCAACAUCAACAGCAAUGCUGUGCCCAGCCUGGAGGACCUGGAUCGCUACAGGCGCCACUUGGCCUCCCUGACCACUGAGAAGGAGAAACGGCGAGAGGAGUUUGUGAGCAGGAAGCGGCAGAUCAUCCUCCUGAUGGAGGAGCUGGACCACACUCCAGACACCAGCUUCGAGCGGGAGGUGGUGUGUGAGGAUGAGGAUGCUUUCUGCCUGUCUGAGGGCAACAUCGCUGCCCUCCAGCACCUGCUGCAGCAGCUGGAAGCCCAGCGGUCCCUGAAUGAAGCCGUGUGUGCGGAGCUGCGCUCCAGGAUCCUCAUGCUCUGGGAGCGGCUGCAGAUCCCUGAGGAGGAGAGAGUGGCCUCGGCAGUGCACAUGGCUGGGUCCAGGGCCAAGACCAUACAAGCUCUGCAGUUGGAAGCAGACCAGCUGGAGGAGAUGAAGCUGCAGAACAUGAAGUCUGUGGUUCAGGCGAUCCGGGCAGAGCUGGCUGUUUACUGGGACAAAUGCUUCUACACUCAGGAGCAGAGGGAAGGCUUCAGUGCUUAUUAUGAUGAGGACUAUACAGAGACCCUGCUCGAGCUCCAUGAUGCUGAGGUGGAGAAGAUGAAGAACUACUAUGAAGCACACAAAGAUCUGUUUGGAGCCGUCCAGAAAUGGGAGGAGAACUGGAAACUGUUCUUGGAGCUGGAGAGGAAAGCAUCUGAUCCCAGUCGCUUCGCCAACCGUGGGGGAAACCUGCUGAAAGAAGAGAAGCAGAGAGCAAAGCUGCAGAAGACACUUUCCAAGCUGCAGGAGGAGCUGCAGAGCAGGAUCCAGGCCUGGGAGCAGGAGCAGGAGGAGCCCUUCCUGAUGAAGGGGCAGCAGUUCAUGGAGUACGUGAUGGAGCAGUGGCAGCUGUACCACCUGGAGAAGGAGAAGGAGAAACAGGAGCGGCAACUGAAGAAGAGCCGGCAGAUCGAGGCAGAGAUGAUGUACGGCAGCACCCCACGGACACCCAUCAAGCGGCGGGUGCUGGGCCCCCACACCCCUGGCAAAAUGCGGAAGCUCAAUGGCAAUUCCGUGUCCAGCACCACCCCCAACAGCACCGUGCGCUCAGCCUUUGGGGGAACCAUCUACCACUCACCCAAGUCCAAGCUGCCGCCUUCCGGAGGGAAGGUCGGCUCUGCUCGGACCCCCAACCGCACUGCCAUGAGGCCGCCCCGUCCCGGACACCGGGACCGGAACAAGGAGAACGUGUCGCAGCUGAACGGGACCACCCUGAGCGGUGGGUGCACCCCCAGAGCCCCCGCCCAGCGUAACCACAGCAUUAAUUCUGUUGCCAGCACCUAUUCUGAGUUUGCGCGCGAACUUUCAAAGGCCUCCAGAUCUGAGAGCGGCUCCCACGUCCUCAACUCCACCACCACCACUGCCUUCUGCUGAUGCCUGCCUGCCGCUCCUCCUGCUGCAGUGAGUGUGCUGGGGCAGAGCCCAGCUCCGGGUGCACAGCAUCCUGCACCCCAGGGCCUGGCCUGGCUAACGGGGGGUCCUGAGGGGGCACUUUUAAAAACCUGCUUUUAUUUGGGGAAACUCUUGCAAAUGUUCAUCAUUAAAGGCUUAGUUGAGGGGUCACGUUAGGAUGGGGGUGCUGGCCCCUGCCUGGCUGGGGUGAGGUGUGCGGGCUCUGCCCUGCUGAGCAUGCUCUGGGACAGACAGGGUUUCCCCUCCGUCAUUGCUGUAGCUGUUGUCCAUCAGCAGAGCUUCCCUUCGCAUCCCAGCAGGCCAGUGGGACUGGGGCUUUGCUUGACCCCUGCUCCAGGCUGGGCCUCAUCUCUCCACGGGGGGAGAAGCAGUGUUGGUAUCCAUGGGGAGCAGUAAGUCCUUUUACUGCCCUGGCCUUGCCCUGGAGCUCCUCUCGCCCCAUGACCUGUACCCUGCUGCUGCCUGAGCAGAGGUGCCUGCAGGGGGAUAGGGAUGAGGCUUUGGUCCCUGUGCACAGGAGGGGGCAGCUUAGCCAGCCCCCAGGGUGAGCUCUGUGCUGCCUUCCCUGUGCUGGGGACAGCAUGGACCUGGCUCCAUCACAGCCAUGGGGCCUGGCUGCACCUUUGCGAAGGAAGCUCUGUACAUAUGUGUCUGUCCCUGAUCAUGACUAACUUGCACCUUGUUAUUACUACAGUCCCCCACUCACUGUUAUUUAUUCUCCAGGUUCUGUUCCCUUGCUCUGUAACUGUAUAUACUGUUCAUUGGAAUAAUAAA